CGACUGGCUCACUUUGACACCAAACUCGCUGCGCUUCAGCUCUGACCACUGCAACUUUUGCAGACUCCUCACAGUCCACAGACAUGUCGCACAAUAGCUGAAGUAAACCUGUCAUCGUGGUGGCUCAUCCUCGGAGCCUCAGGGAAGUUGGCCGCCGCUCUGUGAUUUCUCUCCGCACUCAGCGUUUCCUCUGUGGCUUCUUUCCUGGCGUCGGACCUUACAGCUUUGUAAGCGGCUGGUCAGGAAUUAUGAGCGAUUUAGUCACUGAUGAACUGGGCCAGUAAUGCAGGAGAACACGGCGACUCUCUCAUCCCAAGAUGGCAGAUUUUUAUUGAGUUUUGAACAGAAUCGUCGCUUUAUUUUUUGCCAUGUAUAACAGAAACCCUUGCACCGAUGGCCCCUGUAUACGAAGGUAUGGCCUCGCAAGUGCAAGUGUUCUCCCCCCACACUCUUCAGUCAAGUGCCUUCUUUAGCGUGAAGAAACUGAAGGUGGAGCAGAGGUGUAACUGGGAUAUGACAGGGUACGGCACACACAGCAAAGUCUACAGCCACAACAGCAGUAAGAACGUGUCGGCCGCCAGCGGCCCCUUAGGCAUUAAUAGUUCUCUGCAGGUUGCCAGCUCCACCCUGCCCUACGAGCAAGCGCUCAUCUUCCCAGCCAGUGCGGGCCACAUUGUGGUCACCACAGCCAGCAGCACUUCAGGGGCCGUGGGGUCUCUGCUGGGCAGCGGGGGUGGAGGCAGCAGCAGCAACAGUAGCGGUGGUGGAGGCGGCGGCGGAGGACUGGGUGUCGGAGUUGGUGUUCACAACCUGACACGCCGCAGUACGGUCAGCCUGCUAGAUACCUAUCAGAGAUGCGGGCUUAAACGAAAGAGUGAGGAGCUUGAUAACAACAGCAGUGUGCAGAUCAUUGAGGAGCACGGUCCACUGAUGAUCCAGAACGGAGCAGCCAGCGGUGCCACUGUGGCCACCGUGGCCACUGCCACCUCCACGGCAACAUCCAAAAACAGUGGCUCUAACAAUGAGGGAGACUAUCAGCUGGUUCAGCAUGAGGUGCUGUGCUCCAUGACCAACACCUACGAAGUCCUGGAAUUUUUGGGAAGAGGAACCUUUGGACAGGUGGUAAAAUGCUGGAAGAGGGGAACCAAUGAGAUUGUUGCAAUCAAGAUCUUAAAAAACCACCCGUCCUAUGCACGGCAGGGUCAGAUAGAGGUCAGCAUCCUGGCGCGACUGAGCACCGAGAGUGCAGAUGACUACAACUUUGUGAGGGCCUAUGAGUGCUUCCAGCACAAAAACCACACGUGCCUGGUAUUUGAGAUGCUGGAACAGAACCUGUACGACUUCCUCAAGCAGAACAAGUUCAGCCCUCUGCCGCUCAAAUACAUCAGACCCGUGCUCCAGCAGGUGGCCACAGCGCUGAUGAAACUGAAGAGCCUGGGGCUCAUCCACGCUGACCUGAAGCCAGAAAACAUCAUGCUGGUGGACCCUUCUCGACAGCCCUACAGGGUCAAGGUCAUUGACUUUGGCUCUGCCAGCCAUGUGUCCAAAGCGGUGUGUUCCACUUACCUUCAGUCCAGAUACUACAGAGCUCCAGAGAUCAUCCUGGGUCUGCCGUUCUGUGAAGCCAUCGACAUGUGGUCCUUGGGCUGUGUGAUAGCUGAACUCUUCCUGGGAUGGCCCCUGUACCCCGGCGCCUCGGAGUACGAUCAGAUCCGGUACAUCUCACAGACCCAGGGUCUCCCUGCAGAGUAUUUGUUGAGUGCAGGAACAAAGACCACCAGGUUCUUCAACAGAGACCCCGACUCCACCUAUCCUCUCUGGAGACUCAAGACUCCAGAGGACCACGAGGGUGAAACAGGGAUCAAGUCCAAGGAAGCUCGCAAGUACAUCUUCAACUGCCUGGAUGAUAUGGCACAGGUGAACAUGACAUCGGAUCUGGAGGGAAGUGACAUGCUGGCGGAAAAAGCCGACAGACGAGAGUUCAUCGAUUUGUUGACAAAGAUGCUGACCAUUGACGCAGACAAGAGGAUCACCCCUAUUGAAACACUCAACCACCCUUUUGUCACCAUGUCCCAUCUCCUCGACUUCCCUCACAGCACGCAUGUCAAGUCAUGCUUCCAAAACAUGGAGAUCUGCAAACGUCGUGUCAACAUGUAUGACACUGUCAACCAGAGCAAGACGCCCUUCAUCACCCACGUGGCCCCCAGCACGUCCACCAACCUCACCAUGACCUUCAACAAUCAGCUAAACACUGUGCACAGCCAGGCCACCAACUUGGCUCCCUCCUCCACCAACAAUGCCACCCUUUCCUUUGCAAGUCCUGAUGUCUCCAUACUAAACUACCAAUCUGCACUCUACCAGCCCUCAGCUGCCUCCAUGGCAGCCGUGGCCCAGAGGAGCAUGCCCCUGCAGCCAGGGGCUCCUCAGCUCUGCGCUGCUCGGCCAGACCCCUUCCAGCAAGCACUCAUCGUCUGCCCACCGGCCUUCCAAGGCCUGCAGGCGUCCCCUUCCAAGCACACCAGCUACUCUGUGCGGAUGGAGAAUGCUGUUCCCAUAGUGACGCAGGCCCCCGGUGCCCAACCUCUGCAAAUUCAGCCCAGUUUGCUCACACAGCAGGCCUGGCCCAGUGGCACCCAGCAGAUUCUGUUGCCUCCAGCCUGGCAGCAGCUCACCCACACCUCAGUCCAGCAUGCCACUGUCAUCCCCGACUCUAUGAGCAGCACACAGCCUCUCGCUAACUGGAGGAAUUCCCAUCCCCAUGGAAGUCAUUACAAUCCCAUCAUGCAGCAGCCAACGUUGUUGGCUGGUCAUGUUACACUCCCAUCCAACCCGACACUUAACGUGGGAGUGGCACAUGUUAUGAGGCAGCACUCAACCAAUAACAACUCUUCUUCCAAAAAGAACAAACAGCACCAGAUGUCUACCAGGAACACAUCAGCAUAUGAGGUGUCCUCCUCCUCCCAGGUGGUUCUGUCCCCUCAGCGCUCGAAGAGGGUCAAAGAGAACACACCCCCACGUUGCGCUGUUGCACCAAAUAGCUCAGCCUCCAACUGUCUGCCCUCACAGCCUUGUGGUGGCAGAGGCUGGGGCUCCAACGAGGCAGAGCAGGCAUCCAGCACCACCCGUGACCACCAGCACCAGCACCACGUUCCUAGACAGACCAUCAUCAUCCCUGACACACCCAGCCCUGCAGUCAGCAUCAUCACCAUCAGCAGCGACACCGAUGAAGAAGAUGACCAUAAACAGAAGAACAGCUCAUCCUCUAAGCAGAGGAAGAAUGUGAUCAGUUGUGUAACGGUCCAUGAUUCACCAGAGUCUGACUGCUCCAGCAACAACAGCCCAUACGCGAUGGAGUCCAGGUCUAAUAACAACAACAGCUACGACACAAAGACCACAGUUCUUGACAACUACAACAAUGGGAACCCCCGCACCAUCAUCAUUCCGCCUCUGAAAACCCAGAACACUGAGGUCCCCAUCGAGUGUGAGCGCCUGAUGUCAGAUGGAAUGAACCAUCACAAUUCAGCUUACAAGUUCAAAUCCAGUGGAAUGGUGUCUGGCAAUAAUCACAUACCAGGUGGCAUCACUGGAGGUGGGUCCUACAGACAGCAGCGCUCAGGGCCACACCCCCUCCAGCAGCAACCUCUCAAUCUCAGCCAGGCCCAGCAGCACAUGGUAGCCGAGCGAAACGGAGGCCAUCGACGUCAGCAGGCUUACAUCACCCCCACAAUCGCUCCUCAGCCCCCAUACUCUUUUCAUCACAACAGCCCCUCUCACACGGGCAACGUCCACCCACACUUAGCUGCCCCACAUAUGCCCAGCCAACCCCACCUCUAUGCCUACACAGCCCCUGCCACCCUGGGCUCGUCAGGCACAGUGGCCCACCUUGUGGCGUCACAAGGUACAGCACGUCAUGCAGUCCAGCAUGGAAGUUAUCCACCGGGCUUAGUCCAACAGGUCCCGGUCAGCAUGGGCCACCGAGUUCUGCCCUCACCUACACUGCACCACAGUCAGUACCAGGCCCAGUUUGCCCACCAGGCCUACAUCAGCGCCUCACCCGCCUCCACUGUCUACACUGGAUACCCGCUGAGCCCCACCAAGGUCAACCAGUACCCUUACCUCUAGAGAAGACACUGACACUGGAGGGCCUGACCCAGCACUGCUGCUUUCCCUGAAACCCAUCUGCCCUGACACCUGCCCACGUCCCAAACACCCCGCCCUCAACCUCAGACAGAUGAGAAACACAGAGGAAGAUACAACCCUCGUGAAGUGUCACAUUUAACUUGAAGAAAUAAUAAAGUAGAAAGGAAGAAAAAAAGAUUCAGAGCCUCUCUGGAAAAGAAGGAUAAGGUUCAGACUUUUGAGGGGUUAAAGAGUUUUUUUUUUGCCUGUUCUAAUUUCCUUUUCCUGAUUGGGCCAGUUUUUGUUUGUUUUUUGUUUUGUUUUUUUGCUUUUCUUUGUUUUAUUUUAUUCUUCACGUUAUUUUAAGAGGAAAAAGGUCUCAGUUGAAUUUCAGAGGGGAUUAAAAGGCCUUUUGGGACAGAGAUUUCCUGGUUUGCUUUCUCUUAUUCCCCCCUUUCUUAAAGUUUUGGGAAGUGACUGCUGAACAGGGGUUACUGACUUGUAGCGUGGGAUCCCAAAAGAUUUGGGAGAAGGUGAAAUACGGAAACCUGCUGCUCUUCAAAGAAAAAAAAAUAUUGAUGGCCUUGAACUGUCUUAAUAUUUCCAAAUCAUUCAUGGUGUUGGGAGAAAAGAGAGGCUACUCCCCGACUCCAGCUGAGAAGGCUUCUGGAAAUAUAACCGAACAGAAGACAAACCAACUUUUUAGUGUAUUUAUAGAUAUGUUUCCAUUUUGUUUCAGCUUCAUGAUGACUCUUCUGUUUUAGCUAGCUGUCUUAGCUGGGCCCCGUUCUUAGAAUGUAGCAGUCGGCACCUGUUUGUGUUAACCUGAUUUGGUUUUUCAACACCAGUAGAUCACUUUGUUUCUUCUUUUGAUUUCAAUGUAAUUGAACAAAGUGGUUAAUAAUAACAUAAGCAUGUACAACGUGAUUGUCUGCGUGCGCUACUGUCAGCCAUGCGUGUGUAGUCCACUCCUGGAAAAAAAAAUCCUCCUCCGCCUUUAGGUUUUCACCAUUUUUCCCUCGUAGUGCCUUACAGUUAAAACCACACAGUUUACUCCGCUCAGAUACAGAAGGCCACAAGAGACUAUACCUGUACAUAGAGAACAAUGUGUUACGUUAUGUGACAUCACAGUCGGGACAGUUGUGGUACUUCCAGGUGUAGGCUUGGCAAUCGCCUUUGUCUUCAGACUACUUACUAUAAGGGAAGGAAACGCCAUCCUGUUGGUUUAACUAGCGUUGAGUGCACGUAACGACAGACCAGGAAUAUUGACCAGUAGGUUAUAGUAGUCAUACAGUAAGUUAACUUUGUAACGAUAAAUAUAUAGAGUUUGUUUAGCUGUGGCUAUAAUCCUCUAACAACCCAAUUGUGUUUUUGGUUUGAUCUACAGUAACAAUUCUUUGUUGAUUUAAACUCAGAGAAAGUCAUGCAUUCAUGUUUGAUGACAGAGCAGAGAUGAUAGCUCGCUUUUCGCAUAAGGGAAUGGGUUAGAGGCCAUUGUUUGUAACACAGCAGAGGGUGGUUUUUAAGAAAAGGUUUAAAGCCGGACUGGAAGAAGGGCCCGACAGGAAGUGGCUGUUGUCAUGACGGUGAUCGUCUGGCUGCAGUGAAGAGACAGAGUGUCACGGUUUUGUAGGAAAGAGUGACACAGAUACUGUGUAGGCAUGAGUGAGGGGGCUGGUUGGAAGCACAGGGUCAGUUUAAGAAGGAACUGUGGACAACAGGGGGAGAGGGGGACCCUCUGUCUGAAAUGGGACUGAGCAGGUUGAUAGUAACACUGAGCCCGGCAGGUGGUAGGAGCAACAGGGGCUUUCUUAUUUGAAUAUUAGAAUAUGUUUGUUUUUUGUCUUUUCUGCUUGUUUGUUUCUCCAACAAAGAUAAUUGAAAGUUAUUUGUCCUGUUAGAGCUGUAAGCAGCAGUGCAGUGUCGUAGGAUCAGAUCAGAAGGGAAAAAAAGCCAAAGCAUACACCUGGAAGGGCACCUUGUGGACUACUUGUGGCAACUGUACAUUUGUCUUGUCGUUGCACCGUGAAAGGCGAUAUUGCCAGGCUGGUCAGAUGGAACUCCCACAGUGAGAAAACCAACAGGGCUGUCACUCUGUGCUCGAUUUGGUGCAUUUUUGAUAGUCUUGAACUCGGGCACAUACAUACGAAGUGGUAGUUUAGGCCCCUCCCCCUGCCCCUCCUGUCCUUCAUGGUAUGCCAUAGUACUUGCAUUUGUAGAGAUUUUAGUUUGUUUUUAACUUAAAGAUCUUGAACCCUUGUUUUUUGACAUGGUUGUAGUACAUGUUGUGUUUAUUUUUUAGAGAUUGUUGCAAUAAUUCUUGUGGCUGUUUUAACAGAGUGUGUGUUUUUUAAUAAAUGUUAGGCUCAUUUCUAUUUUAUAACUAGGGGGUUGGUGUACAGUAAUAUUUAGUGUUCUGUGGAGGCGGCAGCACCUGUGUAAAUGUUGCAACACUGCUGAGGUGUUGACCUAUUGAUAGUCCAGUGAGGCUGUCAUGGUUUGAGGCAGCGUACCUUAGAAUGGUCUUUCAUCCUGGUACUUGUGUGCCCCCCCUAAACAAAAUUAAUUAUUCCCAUUUUCAUCAGCUCCAGCAGUGCUGAAGCCCUGAAGAGGGCAGUCGAAGAUGUGAUGACAUCACAGGUUGCUGGUUAUGUCCUUCUUUUUCCACUUUUUCUUUAUCCUUUCCUCUGCUCAGUUGGGGCCUAAGAACAGGUGCAUAUGGAGGACGAUUUUCCGAGUAAAUCAUGUUUGAUUCUCUGUUUCAAGACAGACUACUGAAACAUUCCACUGUUUGAAGGAAUUUGACAUUACCCAUGCUGUUUUGUCUCCAUCACUGUUGGCGUUGUCGCGCUCUGAAUUCUUUCGCUCCUCCCACCAAAGAAUGAAACAGAUUGGCCCUGUACAGCACGACACAGCACAUCACCGCACAGCACGGUACAAGCAAUUCUCCACACCCUCGUGAGGCAAUAUAGGCAAUAACUGGUGUUCUACUUCUGAGCAAAAUAUGCUUUUGUGCACAAGCUGCAGGAGUGUACAAGUACACAGGGAGGAUUUCAUUUUUAGAUAAUGCAUUCGGCUAAUCGUGAAAGUAGACAUUUGUCCAUGAAAGAUGCUGCAGUCCAUUUAAUCACUCCUCACAUUUAGCCUCUGUCACAGACUGAUCAGUAAUUACCUAGACUCGUCAAUUCUUUUAAGCCAGUUUUUGUGUUUGUUUGGUUUUUUCGUUCUUUAUUGGUGGUGUAUGUGGAAAUAUAUUUUGUAAAUUAGAAAAAAAGAAUAGACUUUUAAAUUAUAUGUUAAAGCUGGUAGAAUGAGAUUAUAAUAAUUGAUAAUUGUACCUUCAAAACUAUGGUCGGCUGAGCAAAUUGAAUGUAAUACGUGACGUCUACAACUAAAAGUUUCCGAUCUUGCUCGGCCGCUGACCGUUCAAUGGAUUUCCUACACUGUUUGUGACCACACAUGAUGCAAUGUUUAAAUAUAUAAUUUCCUGCGAAAGGUUGAAAUAUGAGAUUAUGUAAAACUACCACUGUCUAAAUGAGCUGGGAUUAUAGGAUUAACAGUUUUUUUUCAAUCUCGUUUGUAACCUUUCAAUUCGCGCAACACCGUGGAAGAUGAAAUUGAUAUGUAUGAUGUCUUUGUAUAUUACACUGUUAAACAUAACCAGUGUUCUCAUUGGUAAAAUUUGCAUCAAUGUAGACUUAUUACAGUAUGUACCAAAAUAUUCUUAAAUGGAGUGUAAAGUUGUUUGUGUUGAGGCGAGCAUAGCCUUGAAAGACACUGUCAGCCUCCUAAAAAGAAAUACCUCCAAAGCUUUAAAAUUUGAAUCAGAGUGAAAAAGAUUUUGUUUUCAUGUAUCGAUGGAUUCAAUUUUGACUUUUAUCACCAUCAUAGUUACAAUUUUAUUGUUAAUGUUCUCUGGAACUUGGAAACACAAGAAUCAUGAAAAACUUUCAGUAAUUAGGAGACCUUUCAACACAAAUCAGUAUACGCUUUAUACACUAAAAAACACAAGCAGCUUCUUCCCAAAGCAUAGAAGAAGGUUUUAAGCAUAGAAGAAGGUUUGAUUAAUCAUGAAUGAAGAUAUCAACAGGAAAUUACUGACAUAUAGAUGUUCUUAAAACCCGAUUUGAUGACAGUAUGUGUUUGUUUGGUUUUUUUUUUUUUUUUUUUUUUGUUCGUUUGUUUGUUUGUUUUUUAAAUAUGUUUUCGCUGGCUAUUUCUUGGAGGAAUUCAGGGUGUGGUGGUCAAGGUUUGAUGCCGUCACUGAUACUGGAUGUUAGGUAUGUGUGCGGUCAAUGAAUUUAAAAACCAAACAUGACCUUUUUUAAUCACUUCUUUCUUAUACACUUAGAUAUAAUUUAGAGAUUUAAUUUCACCGAAAUAAUAUAAUAUGCAGUAUUUCACUGCACAUGAAACAAAGAAAUAUUUUGCAUGAUCUCACAGAAAUGGCUGGCCAAAGUGUUUCUGGGGCAGGUGUGGUGAGAUGAGUGGGAGACCAAAGCUCUGUUCACAUAGGGAUUCACAUGUUUACACUGCAAAAAAAUAAAUAAAUAAAUCCAUCCCAGCUUGGAUUUUAUGUGACUGUCGAAGCUCCUUUUAGUUAUAAAUCAAAUGUCUUAUCAUAUAUGUCUUUAUCGUAUAAAAGUAGCUGAAUGCUAAUAGAGCAAUUUGUACAACAACUUUUCUUUUUUACAAGUGACAAUACUGGACAACUUAGAUUUUUCUAAACCUAAGAGUGCAUCAAACCCUGACCUCCUUUUGAGUUAAAUGCUGUAUGGUUUCUCAAUGUUCAUUCUUUGUCGAUAAAGCUAAUGUGUGCUGCAGUAUUCCCUAAAUAUAAUUAUCUGUUUAAUUGUCUUUUCUUAUUUACUUAUGUUUAUUGGGGUGUGUCUGAUUAUUUUAAUCUGUUGAUGUAGCGUUCCUUGUAAACCCUGUUUCUUAUCCUAAUAUUAUUAAGUAUGUUACGAGAAUGGAUAUUUUACUGGCUUUAUAGAAUGUCUAAACAAAUAUAGUAACAACAACAAGAGGAAGGAUUAAUUAAACCUCCCAACAAGUUGAGUACUUGCUACCAAGCGCUUGUGUUGCCAUUAUGAUGUUGUGUGCUUCUCUUAAUCAUUUUCGUUGUAGAAAAAUGGAGUGGAUUUAUAUUAGGCUACAAAAAAAGACUAAUGAUAGGAUUGUAAAUUUUACUGGAGGAUUUUAACAGACAAACAGCUUCGUCAAAUAGAAGAAUAUAGCUAUUUUAAUUGUCCUCUUUACUAACUGUAGGAUGAGAAGGGGCUCGCUUUGUGGUGAACUAUGUUAUAGCUUGUUAUUCACUGUUACUUUUGAUCAUUUUUUGGGUCUCCGAGGUGAAUCGAGUUAUUAAUGAAAAUUUGUAUGCUCACAUAUGCAUAUUGUAUAUGUGUAGAGAUGUAAUCACACUUUGUCUUGGAUUUACAUUAAACUGUUAAGUCACU